AUGACUUUUUCUCAAGAACUACCGAAAGGUGUGGAAAACUUUUUGUUAAAUGUAUCGGUGGAAAAUCUUCUUAGGGCUCAAGAUCUCAUUCCCUUACUUUCUCCCUUGGAGAGCGAGAAACACGAAACAUCAGUAGAAUACGAUUUGAAUCGCUGGCUCGAGAAUGACGCGAAGUAUAAUGUAGUCGAUGACAGCUAUCGUAAUGGAUUCGGCGAACGACCUCGAAUGGGAUUUUUCAAGUUCUUCGGUUUCUUUCUUGGAAUACCUUGUUUCGUUCUUCAAGGAAAAGGUGGUCAAAUCAUAAUUGUGCGCGGUGUUGUACAAUCGCUGGAACAAAAACAUGAGAAAAUGCUGAGAGAAGUCCAUCGACGUCAAUCAACUUUAAGAAGCAAGCAGGCAUAUAAAAAACGACAUGAAUACCUGAGAGUAUUGCUAGAGGAUUCCGAUGAUGCUCAAUCAUGCCUACUAUUGUCCUUGAGGUCACUCGUCAGACGAUUGGGAUUCGCACGAGAACGUUUGAUCCUCACAAGGCCACGGCGAGAAAUUCACCUUCCCGCAGAUGUUUGGUCCAAUAUUCUCGAGAACUUUGCGCCGAAUCUACAGACCAUCAACUUUAAUAAUGGGAAAUUGAACCUUAUGCUUAAGAGAUGGAUGAUAUCGAAAGUCCUGUUUCAAAAGGCAGUCUCACUUUACUACAGAGAGGCCAUCUUCUCGUUCACCCCACACGCAUUUAUGAACUGUACUACCGUCAAAAUCAUGAAGAAAAUCACCAUAGAUAUAUCGUUACAUCAAUGGCAAAGACGUACGAUCGGCACAGAAUCCACCUGCGAUCUACCGAAGACAACAAAACCAAUUGAAGCUUAUACUUUGCAAAAGCGAUUGAAGGAAUGUACUGCAUUGGUGGAACUCCGGUUUAUAAUUCCACGCUGUACAAAAAUUAAAGAUCGUGCUGCUGGGGACUGUGUUUCUUUAUCCAAAGCUGAUCUCCGCGAUCUUCAAAGAUGGAAAGGGUCAUGCGAUUGUUACAGCUCCAGAGAAAGGUCAAACUUACGCUCCUCGGCCACUUUGAUACCAGUUGAGAUUUUUUAG